GGCGACCCCGUGCGCCGCGACGACCUCGUCAUCAACCGCGCCAAGAAGGACAACCCCGACGACCAGAUCUACGUCUUCUUCCCGAACGAGCCCAAGCCCGGCACGAAGGUGGUCACCAGCUACGCCGACAAGAUGGCGCAGGAGAACGUCCCCAAUGGCAUACUCGUAGUGCAGCAGGCGCUGACCGCCUUUGCCCGCAACAAACUGAUCGAGACCGCUAAAUUCCGGCUCCAGGUCUUCCAGGAAGGGGAGCUUCUUAUAAACAUUAAGAAUCACGAUCUGGUUCCCGAGCACGUGCUCCUCACACCGGAGCAGAAGAAGACGCUGCUGGAGAAAUACACCGUGAAAGAAACUCAGCUGCCUCGCAUUCAAUAUACGGAUCCAAUAGCAAGAUACUAUGGCAUGAGGCGUGGACAGGUCGUGAAGAUCACCAGGCCCAGUGAGACUGCUGGAAAAUAUGUGACAUAUCGCUAUGUUGUCUGAGCUCCACUACAUUCUUGAGGGUCAGAGAUGUUCUGCAAGCACUGCCAGUUAAAAUGCUUCCUCCCAUGCUAGCUCCUCAGUAGUAGACUCUUGUUUUCUCGAGGAACAGAAGUACUUUCUGAACCGCCUUAGUGCUCUGUCUUUACAUCCACUUGUCAAUUUGGCAUGACUCUGUUAGCUAGCAUCUAGACACAGAUUUCAGUAGUUUUCUUUUUCUUUUUCGACACAGCUAAAUAGCUCUUUGCUACCCGAAAUAGUCGGUCUAAUUCGCGGAGUUCAACUUAGUGCUCCUGUAUUUAUAUCUGAAUGGUAUGAGCAUGCCUUCUGGGACCGUUGUUUA